AUGUGGGGGCCGGUGAAUGUGCUCGCAGGUGGACUUAUUCCAAUGAGAGCAAUGGUGAUUGCAGCAGUGGUUUCUCUGCUAUUACCUCAGGCGGUUUGCAACCUUCUUGUCACGAAAUGCAGCAUCAGCAACCCUCUUCCAAUUCUUCACAAGCGUUACCAGUCAGGAGACAUCAGUAUUGGUGCCAUUAUGUCUCAGAUCUAUCAGUUCUCUGCCAUGAUUACUUUCACAGAGCGUCCCACUAUUGACCAUCUCGAGGAUUUGGUCCAUUUCCUUCCCACUUGGACUUACCAUGCUGCACUGCGAAUUUUAUCGAUAAAAGGCAGAUUCUUCCCUAAUUACAACUGCGACCCUCGGAACAAUCUAAUAGCGGUGAUUGGAGGACCUAACUCUGAAGUCAGCACCUUUAUGGCUACCAUUCUGCGCAGCUUCAAGCUCCCACAGUUCAUCUAUGGAUCUGCUCCAUCGGUAAAAGAAAACCCCCAGGUUAAUUUCUAUCACCAGGUGUUCCCAAAUGUGGACGAUCAGUAUAAAGGUAUUCUUCAACUGUUGCUGCAUUUUAGAUGGACAUGGAUUGGGGUGGUGAAAAUGAAUGAUGAUAAUGGAGAGAGGUUCAACAAUGAGAUACUCCCCAAAUUUGCCCAGGUAGGCAUCUGCUUUGCUUUCAUAGAAAAAGCCCCACUACUCUCCUAUUCCAAUAAUAUUGCUGACAUGAUAGCAGAGGGGAGCAGAUCUUACAAUGCUAUCAUGAGCAGUACUGCUACUGUAGUGAUCCUUCAUGGUCAGAUCCAUACCAUGACGCUUUUGAGAAUGCUUCCCUAUCUCUCAAAUGAUGAGAAUAAUUCAAUGAAGACAGACGGGAAAGUCUGGAUUAUGACCCUUGAAAUGGACUUUACCUCCCUUCCCUUUGAAAGAAGUUCAGACAUGAACUUUAUCCACGGUUCUCUAUCCUUUUUUGUUCAUUAUGAGCCUGUACCAAGAUUUCAGAAUUUUCUUCGGACCUGGAAUCCUGUCUUGGAAAAGGAUGAUGGCUUUAUCCGAAUCUUCUGGGAACAAGCAUUCCAAUGUUUAUUCUCCACCUCCGGGAGAGACAGCCCAUCUUGGCCAGUUUGUAGUGGGAAAGAGAAGUUGGAGUCUCUGCCUACAUCUGUUUUUGAAACGAAAAUGACUAGUCAAAGCUACAGCAUCUACAAUGCCAUCUAUGCUUUGGCACACGCUUUGCAGGAGAUGCAUUCCUCUCAGUCGAAACACCAAAGAAAGCUGGAUGAAUCAAGACUGAAAGUUCUGAUGAAGCAACCAUGGCAGCUCAACCACUUUUUGCAAAGCAUUUCUUUUAAUAAUGGAGCUGGAGCAAAAAUCUCCUUCAACCAACAUGGAGAAUUAGAGGCAGGAUUUGACAUUAUCAACUGGGUCACUUUCCCAAACCAGUCUUUUCUUAAAGUCAAAGUUGGAGGAACAGACCCCAUGGCUUAUCAAGAAGAAACAUUCACUAUUUGUGAAGAAGCUGUUAUAUGGCCCAGCAGGUUUAACCAGGUACAGCCCCUUUCUCUCUGUAAUGGCAAUUGCCCCGCGGGUUACAGGAAGAUCGAGAAAGAAAGGAAGCCAUUUUGUUGUUAUGAUUGCUUUCCAUGUCCAGAGGGGGAAAUUACCAACCAGAAUGACAUGGAUAAUUGUUUCCAUUGCCAAGAAGGUCAGUAUCCAAACAAGGAGAGAAAUGAUUGCCUUCUCAAAGAUGUAAGCUUCUUGUCUUUUGAAGAACCUUUGGGGAUCAGUCUAGCUAGCUCUGCUUUUCUUCUUUUUCUCAUCACAGCGUUGGUACUUGGGAUAUUCACUAAGUACAAGGACACUCCAAUAGUCAAAGCCAACAACCGGAACCUUUCUUACACCCUCCUCGUCUCCCUGAUGCUCUCCUUCCUUUGUGUUCUGCUCUUCAUUGGACAGCCUGGAAAAGUGGCCUGUCUCCUUCAACAAACAGCUUUUGGACUCAUCUUCUCAGUGGCAGUUGGUUGUGUUUUAGCCAAAACCAUUAUGGUGGUUUGUGCUUUCAUGGCCACCAAACCAGGGUCCAGGAUGAGGAAAUGGAUGGGAUGGAAAAUGGCCACCUCCAUUGUUAUUUUCUGCUCUUUGAUCCAAGCCAGCCUUUGUGCUGUCUGGCUGGCCACCUCUCCUCCCUUCCCAGAUGUUGACAUGAACUCAAUGGCUGACAAGAUAAUUGUGAAAUGUAAUGAUGGAUCCACUAUCAUGUUCUACUCUGUCUUAGGCUUUUUAGGCUUCUUGUCCAUGAGCAGUUUCCUUGUGGCUUUCCUUGCCAGGAAAUUACCAGACAGUUUCAAUGAAGCCAAGCUGAUCACCUUCAGCAUGUUGGUCUUUUGCAGUGUUUGGUUUUCCUUUGUGCCCACCUAUCUGAGCACCAAGGGGAAAUACAUGGUGGCUGUGGAGAUCUUCUCCAUCCUCGCCUCCAGUGCUGGAUUGCUGGUUUUGAUCUUUUUCCCAAAAUGCUACAUUAUAUUGGCAAGGUCAGAUUUGAAUAAUAAGGAGCAGCUAAUAAGGAGAAAUCUUUAA